AUGCAUCUUAAAAAUGUGGGAGAAGAAGACGAGAAUUUUAAUAAAAUCCUAAAACAAUUCCUUGAAAAUGACGAAAAGCGUUCACAUGUCUUCUUCCUCUGUCAUUCUCCUUUCCCUUCCUCCCGCCGGCUUUCCGCUGCAUCAGCUUCUGGUCUCCGAGCUGGGCUCUUGUCUGUUUGGCUAUCUGGGUUUCUCCUAAUCGCUCUCUCCUUCUACGGCACUCAGCUUCUGUCUCCUUCUCUCAACGACCAGUUCAGAUACGCUUCGCUUUCUCGAGAUUCCAUUGCUCCUAGAAUCACCAUCUUCACUGCUCUCGAUGGCUCCUCCUUUGAAGAAGAUAGCCGAGCUUUACUGCGUAUUCGUUCAUGGCUCGCUUUGUCUUCUCAAGUCACCGUUGUUCUAUUCACUCCGCGCAACUCUUCUUUCUUCACCGACAGAUUCGGUUCCCGUCUUCUUCUUGAUUCCACCAUCGAUUUCACGUUUCUUGGUACUCUGUUUCUACACUCGAUGCUUGCGAGAAGUGAAGCUUAUACAUCCGACAUAGCGGUUCUGAUGGAUCCAGAGACUGUUCUACUGCCAGAUUUCGUUUCAGCUCUAAAUCACGCUCACGAGCUUGAUCGUGACUGGCUUCUCGUUUCUUCAUCAGUGGACACUCCUCACUUCCCGUUUCAUUGGGACGAUACAGGACGUUUCUGGCGUCAGGACAGUGGGAAAAGGGUGAGAUUUGGUGAGUUGCAGAAGAUGUUAUGGCAAUCAAAGUCUAGUGAAGGCAAAAUGAUUAUGGCAUGGAAUAAUCUUGAUGUCCCCUUGCACUGUGGAGUUCUUCCACCUUUUUUGUAUCAAAGAGGAACUCACAAUCAAUGGAUCAUUAACGAGGCUAUCUCAUGUAAAAAAAGGUUUGUGUUUGAUGCAACUUCGACCAUAUCUAGCUUUUAUCUAGGCAAUGCAGAGAACAAGCAUCAUCAUAGGAGUGAUAAUGUCUCAGAAGGCAAAACUAGAAACUGGGAAUAUAUAGGAAACUCCCAUCUCGGGAAGCUCUAUGGAUCAUUGUUCUUCAGUGACAACAAGUCUUCUACUACUCUACCAAAGCUUUUGAAAUGCAACAAGCGGUAUAUAUUCGUUACUGCUUCAGAUCGUUCCAUUGAUCCCUCUGUACCCAAAGGAAACGUAGGCUUUCGGACACGAGAGAGGAUCUCAGCUUGUAUCAGCAGAACCAAGUCACGAAGCUUGAAACUAGAUUCUGUGCAGAGAGAUCAGGCAGUGCAAGAAUUGAAGUUUCCUUAUGACCUUGAGUCUCUUCUCCCAUUAGUUGCAGACAAGAACAGAACCGUUGUUCUUUCAAUCGCUGGGUUUAGCUAUAAAGACAUGCUGAUGAGUUGGGUCUGCAGGUUACGCCGCCUGGCAGUUACAAAUUUCUUAGUCUGUGCUCUUGAUGAUGAAACAUAUCAGUUUUCUAUAUUGCAGGGUCUGCCUGUGUUCAUUGAUCCAUACGCACCUAAGAACAUUAGCUUCAAUGAUUGCCAUUUCGGAUCAAAGUGUUUCCAGAGAGUGACCAAAGUUAAGUCAAGAACAGUUUUGAAGAUACUGAAGCUCGGCUAUAACGUUCUCUUGAGCGAUGUAGAUGUAUAUUGGUUCAAAAACCCGUUGCCUCUGCUUCAAUCUUUCGGUCCGUCUGUUCUCGCUGCACAAUCAGAUGAAUACAACGCGACAGUACCGUUAAACCGACCAAGACGCUUGAACUCGGGGUUCUACUUUGCACGUUCAGAUGAACAGACGAUAGCAGCGAUGGAGAAAGUGGUGAAGCAUGCUGCAACCUCCGGUUUAUCGGAGCAGCCAAGCUUCUAUGACACAUUAUGUGGAGAAGGUGGAGUUCAUCGUUUGGGAGAUGAUAGAUGCGUUGAGCCAGAGACAAAUCUGACCGUUCGUUUCUUGGACAGAGACUUGUUUCCCAACGGAGCUUACGGAGAUUUGUGGCUCAAGGAAGAUGUUAGAGCAGAGUGUGAGAAGAAGCAUUGCUACGUUUUGCAUAAUAACUGGAUCAGUGGGAGAUUGAAGAAACUCGAACGCCAAAUGAUGAAAGGUCUUUGGGAGUAUGACGCAUCCAUGAGGAUGUGUGUGUAG